AUUACGCGCGCUUCCCACGCGCCUCUUCUUCCUUUCGCGCGCUCAGCGGCGGCGCAACGCAAGACCCGGCAGUCCCGCAGCUCCUCCUCCCAAGGCACCCCAGGCCGCCGCCGCAGCAGCUGCAGCUGCCAACUCUCCAUCCAAUCGAAGCCGCCAUGGCGGCGCCGCCCUGCGACGCUCCCCUCACCGCCGCCAACAACAUCCAGCCAUUCUUUGUCCUCCACAAGGCGGCCACCGCUUCCUCAGCGCCGUCUUCCCGCGCUCGGCGCCGGAUUGAUGCCUCACAAUCAUCCUCCCCCAAUGCCAAAUCGGCAAAGAGAUCCCGUGAUGUGGAAGCUGAGGAUGAGGAGGACGAGGAGCUGUAUGAGCAGCUCCGCCUCGAGGCCUUCCACCGAACUUGGUCCAAGAUCCAGUCCACCAUCGAUGAGGUCCUCAGGGGCAUCAACCUCAAGCUUUUCGAUGAGGUGCUGCAGUGGGUGCAGGAAUCCUUCUCUGCAGUCCGCGCAAUUGCGGAACCCUGCCACGAUGAAGUCCAGCAGCCGCACCCUCUCCUCACUGAUGUGAUCUGCAGAAGGAUCCCAACGGCGUUCGUUCUCACUAAGAAUGCAGAAUUUGUUGAUGACGUCACGACAUUUCGGGAUCUCGCGGAGCAUUUGGAGUCCAAUGGAUGUCACCUGGCCAAGCUGUCUGCAGCUGAAUUGUCGGCGAAACAUGGAGUCGGUGGUUGCUUUAGGAAUCUGUUGAGGCAGCUACUUUCAGAUGUUCCAGAUGUAGCUGAUGUAUCUGCGUUGGCAUCUUGGUAUUGCGGCACUGAGAACCAUGACCAGCCUAUCAUUAUCGUAAUUGAUGAUUUGGAGCAAUGUUCUGGUGAUGUCCUGGGAGAGCUUGUGAUGAUGCUGAGUGAAUGGGUAAUUAAGAUCCCAAUCUUUUUUGUAAUGGCGAUAGCAACCACCCUUGAUGCACCAAGGAAACUGCUCUCAUCAGAAGCUCUUCAACGACUAGAGCCCUGCAAACUCACCUUGGGGUCUCCCUCUGAUAGAAUGAAUGCACUUGUUGAGGCCAUCCUUGUUAAACCUUGCGCUGGAUUCUGCAUCAGUCAUGAAGUUGCGGUGUUCCUCAGAAAUUAUUUUUUUAGGCAUGAUGGGACAAUAACUUCUUUUAUUAGUGCUCUCAAGCUUGCAUGCAGUAAGCACUUCUCCAUGGAACCUCUGAGCUUUAUGUGCAUGGGAAUGCUUGAAGCAGAUUGCAAGGAAUUUUGGCGUGAUAAGUUUGAAACACUCCCUCAAGUGAUGCGGAAAUACGCUUUUGGUCUUCCCUCAUGUACAAGUGGAAAGAACGCAAGCAAUUUUAGCAACAAUUUGGUAGAAGGAUUGUCUGAGCUGCUGAAAUUGCAAAAGGAUUGGAGUUCUGUUCUCUUGUGCUUGUAUGAAGCUGGAAGACAUGACAAAGUGCAACUUUUAGAUAUUUUCUGCGAGGCGGUCAACUCUAAUCUUCAAACUCAAAGUGCAUCAAAUGGCGACCUGUUCAUCUCUAAAGAGACUAGUGAGAACUUAUCAGGAGUAAAGCUAGGAUCUGAUAAAGGAUACAUAGCUCAAGCCAUGAAUACAAUAAGGUACCUGCCAAUGGAAACAUUAUUACGUGUUCUUGAAGUCUGGAGCAUCCAUUUAAAGGGAAUGAGUGAGAUCAGUGACAAAGUGAAGGAGCUUCAGUCAACUACAAUCAGUGCAGAUAGUGUGAGGACCACACAAAAAAAGUGGACUAGGAGAUCAACCUGCAGUAUUGGAAAUGGCACUGUACCAUUGAAUGAUAAAGCUGUCGUGCUAUUGCAUGAUGUUACUAGGAAAUAUUUGGUGCCUGUUGAGUGUUUACCUUUUCAUGAGCUCAUCUGCUUCAAAAAUGUUGGCAUUCUCCAAUCUGCGCUGAUUGGAAAUCCAAGGAGAAUGGUUCAGCUUGAUCUGCUGAAGUCACAAAGCCAUCUAAAAUGCUCUUGCUGCAGUAGAAGUGGAACUGCUGUAUCAGGCUCCUUGCAUGACACGUCAAUUAUGUGCAAUCUAGCCCAAGAAUAUGGUGAUGUAAUUAACGUUCAUGAUUGGUACAUAACUUUUGAAGGAAUUGUCAACAGCACAAAUUCAAAAGUCAAACGGAAAUCUUAUAGUUCUCCCUCAAAAAAGAAAUCAAAAUCCACACUUCCGGAGGGUGAAGCUAUGAUCCAAGCAAGGUUUUGCAGAGCUGUUACUGAGAUGCAAAUCACUGGCCUUCUUCGAAUGCCAAGCAAGAGAAGGCCUGACCUUGUGCAGAGAAUCGCAUUUGGUCCUUAGAUGAUUCUUUGAUGACAUGCUAUACAAUGGAAGAAUUCGCUACACACGAAUAUUGGAAUGAUCGAAGCUCAGCAAGCUAGAUUACCUAGAAACUUGUGACGCCUUUUCACUCUUAGAUGGUUGUGUUGUUGAUUGCAUCAGCAGGGUCAUGAUAGUUUCUUGUAAAUUAAGCAGCUGUGGAAGGUUCAACCAUUUGUAUGGAUACAUUGUAACGAAUAAAGUGCCUUUAGACCCUUCGCAAGCGAGGAACGAAAUGGAGCAGCAGCCACUUGGGACUUGCAGUUUCAGAUAUUUGCGCUAAAGGCUAAGCAAUGCCUUUUUAAUCUUUCUUGUAGAGCAGUAUUUAACAUGUACCAUUCGCUUUGUUGCCUGUUGAGCUGACUUCAACUCAAUGCAGUUCUAGUCAAUAAUGUGUCUAGUGUAUGUAUUCGUAGAUCCUGAACAGUCUCGAGAGCAGAAAUAUAACACUGAAUCUUUUCAAGUUUCGA